CCUCCAAGUCUUCACUCCGGCUCACCCAGAUCAUCAACGUCCUCCUCGACACGGCCGUCGGCAUCAUCCCCUUCGUCGGCGACAUCCUCGACAACCUGUGGAAGGCCAACCUGCGCAACCUCGCGCUGCUCGAAGACUGGCUCCUCACCGCGCCGCAGUACCACAUCCUCCUCAUGCCCGACAGCACGACGUACCUCCCCGAGCCGAAGAAGUCGGGGCGCUGGAACGCAUGGUUCGGGCCCACGGGCAAGCGCGAGGCUGAGGACGAGCUCGAGCGCGAGCGCGCGACCGGGCACAUCAGGCGGACCCGCCGCAUGGCCAAAGACGAGGGCGAGUAUGCGUUCGGCGCCAAGGUGCCUGCUGGGAACCGGACGGCGCCCGACGUCGCGUCAGAGCCUCUCAACUAGCUGCUGCCCGAGCAUUCUCCUGCACGCAAUAGAUCUAGAUGACAUGUCGAGUCCUACUGCUGGAGUGUGUUCAAGUAAGCCACAUUAGGACUGAUUUGAAACUCGGCUUGAUCCGAUACCACGCACAAAAUACUUCCGCCGCGACUGACUUUGAUGUCAACAACCCCCCAUCUCACACAACAACAACCACCACGACCAUGUCCGCCAUCCUCGUACACGCCUCCUCGCUAUCUCUAGCGACGCCGUCGACGUCGACGCCCAUCUCCCUGCCCUCGCGCUUCCCGCGCGCCCCCCCACGCUCCACCUCCGCACCCUCCGGCAACGUCUUCAUCUGGGCCGACGCGCGGCUGUGGGAAUACGACGCGCUGGGGCGGCGCAAAGGCGAGCUCGCGCUCCCCGUCCCGCCGGCCGCGGUGGCAGCGGACGCGCGCGCCCUCGCCGUCGCGCUGCCCGACGAAGUCCGCGUCUUCCGGCGCGCCGGGAAGGGCGCGGCGCGCUGGGGCCUCGCGCACACCCUCGCCGUGCCGCGCGUCACGGCGAUGCGCGCCGGCGGCGGCGUGCUCGUCCUCUGCGCCGCGGAGGUGCAGGCGUACGCGAUCGAGAGCGGCAUACGCAUCGACGUGCCCGACGUCGAGGUCACGAUGCCUGUGCGCGCCGUCGCUGUCGCGGACUCUGAGGUCCCCGCCAUCCUGAUCCCGUCUUCUGCAGGGCUUGUGCGCGUCGUCCGGGACGGCGUCACGCACCUCCCCCUUCCCCUUCCCGGCAUCAUCGACGUCGCAGUGUCGGGCGACACCGUCGCGGCCGUGGGCGGGGACAUGCUCGCGCUGAACAGCGAGAUCGUCGGGCUGGGCCACGAGGCCGCAGGCGUGACGUUCCUCAGCUCUGGAACAGUGGCGGUGUGGACUACGGCAGGCAAUGUGCUCCUCGUCGACGUCGAGACCCGCGAAAUCGCCGAGGCGCCAUACACAGGCGUGUUGGCCAUGCACCCCGCGCCUAUGGCCGCCCCCGAAAAAACCAGACAUCGCGGCACAGCGCUGGGCGAACGCACGAAUGUGCCGAAGAAGGUCGGGUUCGAUAAACGUACCGUGAGCGCGCCGGACCCGCCCUCCGUCGCGUCGACAGCGCGAAUUCGGCCCGCACACGAUCCCGACCAGACUAUCUCUACAGUUGCAGCCACGCCACUGGCGUCACGCGCGCCGCCCACACUCGUCUUCGUGGAGGACGAUGCGGCUUCGUCCGCAACGAGCUCCGCCACGGGUGGCCCGGGGUGGGAUGCGCUCGAGGAGCUGCGGCGCGAGAUUGGCGACAUGCAGAUGGACAUGUUGCGCAUGGGGCGGAGUUUGAAGAAUGAGAUCCGCGCGGCCGUCGCCCCGCUGGUCGAGGAGCUGCGGAUGAGCCGCGAGACGAUCGCGGCGCAGGCGGCGGAGAUCGAGCGCUUGCGACGAGGAUAUUAGAUGCGUGCCGGCAGAUGUAUAGGAUGCUAUUGUGACAUAGUGGUGAUGGGAGAUGCUGGGUAUAUGAGAUGGGGCGGGGGAUGUGGGUAAAGGGAUAGGAGGCAGCGAAGCAUU